AUGGGAUCUUUUGGAAAACCACUUCCAGAUCGUAAUCGAUUAGCUUACUCAACAUCGAAAACAGCUGUCAAUAUGAUGACUGUUCAAUUCGAUAUGGAAUUUCGUACUGAAAAUUGGAAUAUCAAAAUCAAUAGUGUAAAUCCUGGUCGUCAUAUUUUAGGACCGGCAAAGACAUACAUGACUAACAACAAGGAAGGCUAUCCACCACCAACUCAAGCUGCUCGAGCUAUUGUCUAUGUUGCAACACUUCCAGACGACGGUCCAUCCGGAGUAUUCUUUGAUCCAGAAAAUAAUAAAAUACCUUGGUAA